AUGCCUCGUCCACCUCCCGCUACCCCUUCCCCUGCUGCUCUGACGGCUUCAUCAUUCCAGAAGGCCCUGGCACUUUACCCAUCGCUAGUGGAGAAGGUAUACAAGACGAAGCUAAAGAACGACGGCAAGAAAGUCACAGAGGCACUGGAGCGGGACAGGUGGAGGUUCGACGAGUUACCUGCUAGUGUUGCCCAGAGGAAGCAGAAGGCGAACGGCGACGACAACGGAAACGUCAACCAGGCGAAUGUGCGGAUUCGAGAUGGGAAAGCAGCAACCGCCAAGUCCAAGGCUGCAGGUAAUGCCAAUGACACCGCGCUGGAGCUAAGCAAGGACGAGGUGGAGAGGUUGGUGCAGUGGAAGAUGUAA